CUCCGCGCGGGGAGGGGCCGGGCCGGGCCGGGCCGCGCCGCCCACGGGGCAGCGGGACGCGCAGCUUCUCUAAUUCCACUAUGAAGCAGCUGUCAGCAGAAACUGUUCGUCUGCUUUCGAGUUCUCAAGUGAUUACAUCAGUUGUCAACGUGGUGAAGGAGCUGAUAGAAAACUCCUUGGAUGCCUGUGCCACAACUAUUGACAUUAGGCUGGAGAAUUAUGGGUUUGACAAAAUAGAAGUAAGAGACAAUGGCAAUGGCAUCAAGGUUGCUGAUGUUCCUGUUAUGGCAGUUAAACACUACACCUCAAAAAUAAACUCUUCUGAAGAUCUUGAAAGGUUGACAACAUAUGGUUUCCGUGGGGAAGCGCUGGGAUCAAUUUGUAGCGUAUCAGAGGUUUUGGUCACAACAAAGACAGCUGAUGAUGAUAUCAGCACUCAGUAUGUUUUGGAUUGUAAUGGGCAUGUAACUUCUCAAAAGCCUUCCCAUCUUGGCCAAGGUACAACGGUAACAGUCCUCAAGCUGUUUAAGAAUCUUCCUGUGAGAAAACAGUUUUACUCAACGAAUAAAAAAUGUAAGGAAGAACUGAAAAAAGUCCAGGACCUCCUGAUAGCAUAUGGCAUCAUAAAGCCAGAACUGAGAAUAACCUUUGUACAUAAUAAGGCAGCUAUUUGGCAGAAGAACAAGGUGUCAGAUCACAAAAUGGCCUGCAUGUCAGUUCUGGGAACAGCCGUUAUGGGCAGUAUGGUACCUUUUCAACACCGCUGCGAAGAUCCUGAGAUAAAUCUUUCUGGAUUUCUCCCAAAGGCUGAGUCAGACAGCUCUUUGACAAGUCUCUCAAGCUCAGAACGGAGUUUUAUUUUUAUAAAUGAUCGUCCAGUUCAUCAGAAGGAAAUAUUAAAGUUAAUUCGACAGUACUACAGUGUGCUGAUGCAAAAGGACAGCACGCGCUUAUACCCUGUGUUCUUUCUGAAUAUUACUGUACCUGCCUCUGCUGUGGAUGUGAACUUAACACCUGAUAAAACUCAAGUUCUGCUGCAAUAUAAGGACUGUGUCUUAUCUGCUAUUGAAAAUGUGCUGAAAUCUUUGUAUGGGCCACUACCUGCUACAGCCUCUGGUGAAGCUAAUAAAACAGAUGUUACCUCAGAAGACACGUGUGUUCAUAAUGCAGGACAAACAGAUGUGGUUGUUAAUGAAAAGGAACCAUCUGGAAACAAUGAUCUACAUGCUCAUACUUCAUUCCUUUCAUUCAGCAGUUAUGUGCAAAGUUGUCAAGCAGGAAAAAACACAGAGAUCUGUUUAAACAAUCAGAUAUUCUCUGGUGAUACUGUACAUAGUCGCCUAGAAAGAAAAGAGGCUUCUAAGAAUGAUGCCUUUCAAGAGGGUUCCUUACGUUUAUUGUGUGAGGAGGAGCAGAGCAGACAAAACACAACUGGUAUUUCAAGUAACAGUGCUCCUGUAGAUCCUGGGUCUAAAAAAGAUGGUGGACACCUUUUGAGUUCUGAUAAAGCUGAAGAAGCCUUAGUCCCUGAAGACUUACCUGAAAUCUCUGCUGAUAAUUGGAGUAUGGGAAAUGCAUUUAAAAACUCCUCAGGAGACAACCUGGAACCUGUUAAGGUUUUAAUUCCUGAAGCUGGAGGAGCAAUUAAUGAGCAAAGUGAGCGUAGUGAUGAACAAAGCCACGAUCCACAAAUCCCAAAUCAAACUGUAAAGAAAAGAAAUGUAAUAGAUGAGAAAACAGGACAAGUAACAGGUUAUGACUUAAUUCAUGGUCGAACAAUAAGGAAAUCAAAGUCUGCAUUUGAACACUUCAUCCAAGAAUAUCGUUCAAAAUUAUUUUCUGAAAAUCCGAGGUGUAGCAUGAAGGACAUCCUAUCAAAAAUUGAAGAACUGUGGAAGAAUUUAAAUGAAGAAGAAAAGCACAAGUACGAAAUAAAAGCUGCUAGAGACCUGGAGCGGUACAACAGAGAGGCUAGCAAAGCCAUGCAGGAAGCAGCAAACAGACCUGUAAAGGAGACACAAAAACAGAAGCCCAGGCUGAAGACUCCUCCACCCAACCAGCAGAAACUUGACAAAAUGGUGCAUUUUCGGAUUGAUAAGAAACCAAAGUGUAAUCAGCCUGUGAAAGUUGUUACAGUGCCUUUUUCUCUGAGUUCCUGUAGACCUCAGUUUCAGAGGCACAAGAAGAGUGAUUCAGAUGGACACGAGCUUUGCCUGAUCCGUCGCCAGAGUCUUCCUGAUAUCUGGAUACUUGCUACUGAAAAAAAGCUAAUGUUGCUGAAUCCAUAUAGAUUGGAAGAAGCCCUGCUGUGUAAAAGGUUGCUGAUGAACCAUAUCCUUCCAGUAGAGAAACUGGACAAGCCAGUUGUGUUAUCAGACAGUCUUUUUGGUGAAUCUCACUACAUGGAUGUUCUUCAUAAAAUGCAGAAGGAUUACAAGACACUAAAUGGAUCAAGUUAUUUGUCAGACCCAAGGCUUGUAGCAAAUGGCUUCCAGAUAAAAGUGAUAGAAGGUGCUUCAGCUACAGAAAGCCAUAUGGAAAUAGAAGGAAUGGCUAAUUGUCUGUCCUAUUAUGGUGUUUCUGAUUUGAAAGAAAUUCUGAAUGCAGUAGUUAAUAGAAAUGCAAAGGAAGUAUAUGAAUGCAGACCUCUCAAAGUGAUAAACUACUUGGAGGGAGAAGCAGUGCGUUUAGCUCGGCAGCUGCCCUUACAUUUGUCAAAAGAAGAUGUAGAAAACACAAUUUACAGGAUGAAGCAACAGCUUGGAAGGGAAAAUAAAGGCUGUGUUCAUGGUCGUCCUUUUUUUCAUCACUUAACAGAUAUUCCAGAAGUUAACAAGCCAUAACUCCAAGGAAAUUAUUCAGUAAAUGGAACAUUUUGUUUGGGAUCAGAUUUCUCUUGCUUAAUUUUGAUCGUUAUUCUGUAACCUCAGCACGUUUUGUGUGAAGCUUUUGUAUAGUUAGUUUUCAUUAUCAAAGUUCACCUUCUUGAUAUUUUUUUUAAAUUUAAAUUCAAAUGCUACUUGAGAAAUGGAAAUAAAUUAAUAUUGUAGAGAAAAGCUCCACUAUUUUUUAAAAAUUUAUUAAAGAAAUAUUCUCAACUAGUUUGAUGCUUUUCUCACUACUGCAGAUUUAGAAAAUAUCAGUAUGUCAAAAUGUUUUAGAUAUGGUUAUAAGCUGCUCUCAACAGAGCGUGGCAAAAUUUAUUGCACUAUGACAAGAUAUGUUAAUUUUUAAAGGAAGCCAGAUAGCAGUUAUUUAAGCAUUUAAUUAUGGCCCUACCAUAUGUGGUUGUUAUUGGCACAUAUUUAUGUUGUUGGAUUUCUAUCUGUAAACUGUUAAAUUUUGUGAAGUCCUAGAGUUCAAUCUCUGAAAAGCUUUUCUAUUAACUGUGCAAAUCACUCCAAUUAUUUCUAACCUUCAGGUGCAAAGCUGUGAUUCUUAAAAGUUCAGUACAAUGCUAAAACUUAAGAUUAAUGAAAACCAGCUUAUUAUUUAAAAGAUGAAUGGAUCAGAGUCAUGAGAGUACAGGUUAGCACUAGAAGCAGAUGUCAACACACCUGCGAUAGUGCAGUGCUAUACUUGAACCACUUGCCAUUUGGAAGCAGACAGUCCUCAGUCAAAAAGAGCAUGGCAUAAUUAGGGAGAAAUCUGCUAUAUAAAGAGCUGCUGAUGGUGGUAAACUUGUUCAUUUUGUUUCUACCAUAAUUUUACUAGAUUAUGCCUUCUGUGCAACACGUCUCUGGAAGUGUAUGUUUAAAAGUUUCAAACAAGAUGACCUGUAAAUUUGUGUAUGUCCCUAAUUGUUUUGUCACAGCACACUUCAGUACUCUGUAAGUAUGGGAGUUAGCCUAACUUUGCAGUGUUUCUGUGGCUGCUAGGUAAGUGGUUAAAAGGUUGCUGAAAAGCCUGAAUCUAAGCUGCUUUGUGGGCAAGAAUAUCAGAGUAUCGAGGAAAUGCAUAGUGUGAAAAUGCAGAUUACUGAUAUACUGCUCCGUACCAAACAGCAGUGAGCUAAUGAACGAUGCAACAGCAAGUAGUAUUUAUUACCUCUCCUGACAUGUGGAAGGAUAGUGCUGCAGCAGAAGUGCAAUAGCAAACAAGGUGCUCCCUUCCUCUUGCCUUGAGCACAAGGAAUAUGUGAGUUCCUCUUCUGCUGUUCCCUACCUCUUGUGUGCACCUGUCAUAUGUCAGACUGAGAACAGCUGAAAUACUAGGCAGUGAGAGCCUUCAGGAGUAGUAAUUAAGUGUAAAGGGGGAAGCAGUAGUCUCUUUCUGGAGAAGGUUUGAUAUCUGCUGUUACUCUGAGGGAGUCCUAAGAUAUAGCUGUGAAUAUCCUGGCCAUGAGAGACCUGCAGAAGGCAUGGGGUUGAUGUGUUUGACUGAAAAACCAGCAAGAGGAUCAUGCAUCCAAAGCCUGGGUGAUCAAGCAGCUGCCACCUUUCUUUUGGAUUGGCAUUAUGUUUCCCAGCUGUGAAAGAUCUUAACAGGUUUUGUUGGGAUGACUUUAAAGAGAGUGUUAGGAGCCUCAUCAGAGGCCUAGCAGUACACUGCAGAACUGGUUAUAUACUCACACUGACAGCAAACCCCGUGGGCAGGAAGGAGUCAUUAGAGAAGGAGUCAUUGGAGAAGGAGGGGUCAGCAGCACAGGGACAGGGGGAGGAGAACAGAGCAGGGACCAAGAGAGUGCACAAGGAAGGUAUCUUAAUUUGUAAUGAGAGCAUGAGUGGAAAACUAGGUUCACGUUGUCUGUAAAUGCCACUCACUGCAGAAGAUGGGAAUUUUCAGAGUGAAAGCAAGGAGGGGUAUGGAGGCACAGGAAUGAGAUGUGACUUUGGGCUCUGAGGGGAAAACAGGAUCCUGGUGUGGCAGUGGAUGUGGGAGGUUAUAGUUUAUUUUUACUCUUGGAUGCAAACUGUUAAGAGUUGAAAGAGCAGCCCUAGCCAUGAGAAAUGCCAAAGUCAAUACGGAGAAUGGAUCACCAAGUGAAGAAAUUAAAUGAUAACGUGCUCUGAUUUCAAUUGGUUAGGAAGAGUAGUUAGUUGUAUGCGUGUUAA